AGAGAAAUGUCGAUCGGAUCGCAAUAUGAAGCGUUGGAGGUGAUUGGCCGAGGCUCGUACGGGAUCGUCCGUAGAGUCCGCCAGAUCUCCGAUGGGACCGUGUUGGUCCGUAAGGAGAUCGAGUACAACUCGAUGAAUGCGCAGGAGCGGAACCAGCUCAUAUCGGAGCUCCGGAUCUUGCGUGAGUUGAACCAUCCGAACAUCGUCAAGUACUACGCCCAUGACCACAUCCCGGAGAAACUGCUGAUCCACAUCUAUAUGGAGUACUGUGACGGUGGAGAUUUGGCGCUGGUAGUGUCCAACUUCAAGAAGAACCGUGAGGUUGUCCCCGAGGAGUUUGUAUGGGAGGUUCUUGUACAAACGUUGUUGGCGUUACAUCGGUGUCAUUAUGGGAUCGAGGCCGCCAAGGUGAACCUUUUUGAGUCUGGCCACGAGGGUAAGAACGAACCCAAGAUCGAUUCCGAGACUGUGGUCAUCCAUCGUGACAUCAAGCCAGACAACAUCUUCAUGAUGGAUGGUGGAGAGACCAUAAAAUUGGGAGACUUUGGACUUGCCAAAAUGCUCACCAGUAGGAACGAUUUCGCCAAAACUUAUGUAGGAACCCCAUACUAUAUGUCUCCAGAAGUACUCAUGGAUAACCCAUAUUCUCCCGUGUGUGAUAUCUGGUCGUUGGGGUGUGUGUUGUACGAGUUAUGUACUUUACAACCGCCCUUCCAGGCCAAGACCCAUUUACAACUUCAACAGAAAAUUAAAUUGGGGACCUUCCAUCCGGUCCCGGAACAAAACUAUCUGUCACAGCUUCGUCAGAUCAUUCAUGAAUGUAUCACCGUGGACCCGGACGUUCGUCCGCUGUGCUUUGAGUUGCUCGACACGCUCCCAGUGCGGUUUCUCCGAAAGGAACGAGAACUCAAGGAAAAGCUGGCCACGUUGGCAGACUUCCAAAAGCAACUCAUGAUGAAGAACGAUGAGCUCAAGAAGAAGGAGUCCUUCCUCAACAGCUUGGAGCGCAAGGUGUUCACCCAACGGGAAGACCUCGAGACCGAGUACGUCAACAUGCAGAAGAAGUUCAAUGCCCAGCGUAAACGGGUUGAGGACGAGUUGAUGGGCGAGUUCGAGCUCCGUAAGAAGGCCAUGGACCAAGAGGCCCUCGAGGUCUGCAACGGGUACAAGCGCGAGUUUGCCAUGGUGGUGGAGCAGGAGGUGAGACAACGGGUCAAGGAGAUCAUGAAGAAUGUUCCAGUCACCACUGGUGGGGCCGGCCCCGCAAGUGUAGUCAGAUCGUCUUCGAGCGAGUCCCAUGGCAGUGGUAGCAGCAGUAGGCCCGUCUCUUCCUCGUCGUCCGCGGCGGGGGUGGGCGGUACUACCGCCGGUGCGAUGACAGCACAGGGCAGAGUGUACGAGACCCAACAGCCCACGUCGCCCAGCAAGCUCCCUAGACCACAGGGACCACGGGACAUGGGUCUGGAGAGAACCCCAUUGAAGCUGCGUAACGUGAACGACUACGAAGAGUACCACUACAAGACCCCGCCCCCACCACAUCUACAGCAGCCGACACGGAUGCCAGGGAACAACUACCGUACCCGGAUCACCGACGAACUUGCACGCGUCAACAUCGAGAAAAGACACACGCCGGAGUUCGAGGAGUUGUACUACCGGAACAACGUCAACAACUACCGUUCAUAG